AUGGAGGGCGCAUCCCGCCAAACGUCAAGGCUAUUUCGGCCCCGUGGCCAGAAGCUCCUUCCCCAACGUCUCGCACGAACCUCUGCAGUUAGCACCACUCCCUUCACCUUCACCCAGACUCAGCGACGGACACUGUCAAAUUCUCCACGGUCUCUCGUCCCAGAGUCUCUUUUCAACAGCUUCAGAUCGGGUGGUUCAUACAACGAGGGACCCACCAGCUAUUUCUCCAACCGCCAAACUCUCCCCGCGAACACCGUUGUGCGAUUCGUGCCACAACAGACAGCAUGGAUCGUCGAGCGCAUGGGAAAGUUCGACCGUAUCCUGGAACCCGGUCUUGCGAUCCUUGUGCCAUUUUUGGACCGAAUUGCCUACGUGAAGAGCUUGAAGGAGGCUGCUAUUGAGAUCCCCAGCCAGAAUGCCAUCACGGCGGAUAAUGUCACCCUUGAGCUGGAUGGGGUGUUAUACACGCGGGUUUUCGAUGCGUACAAGGCAAGCUACGGCGUUGAGGACGCAGAGUACGCUAUUUCGCAACUCGCGCAGACGACCAUGCGUUCCGAAAUCGGUCAGUUGACUCUCGAUCACGUUCUCAAGGAACGCGCCAAUCUCAAUACAAACAUUACCAAGGCAAUCAACGAGGCGGCUCAGGAAUGGGGUGUUGUCUGUCUUCGAUAUGAGAUUAGGGAUAUCCACGCGCCGGAGGCGGUCGUGGCUGCCAUGCAUCGCCAGGUUACUGCUGAGCGGUCGAAGCGAGCUGAGAUCCUCGAGUCUGAAGGUCAGCGCCAGAGUGCGAUCAACAUUGCCGAGGGUCGCAAGCAGUCCGUUAUUUUGGCUUCCGAAGCUCUGCGCUCCGAGAAGGUCAACCACGCUUCUGGUGAAGCCGAGGCUAUUAAGCUUAAAGCCGAGGCUACCGCGCUCGGAAUCGACGCUGUCUCUCGGGCCAUCGAGGAGGGUGGUGAGAAUGCUCACAAAGCUGUUAGUCUCAGCGUUGCCGAGAAGUACGUCGCAGCUUGGUCGAACUUGGCACGUGAGGGAACGGCUGUUGUUGUUCCUGGUAAUGUUGGGGACAUGGGUGGAAUGAUUGCCAACGCUAUGGCUGUCUACGGCAAGAUCAGCGAGACGCAGGCCCAGGGCCUGGCAAAGAAAACCCUUGGGGUUGAAGGCACUUCUCAGUCAUCGGAAACACCGCAAAACAGCCAGGUGCCGACCUUUUUUGGGGAUCAGGCUGAGCAGAACACACAGUCCAACAUCGCCUCUCAAACUGCGGACGAGGGAUUUGAGACGGUCGCCGGUGAACACAAGAAAUGA